AUGUUUUUUUGCAUUUUAUUUAUUAGUACAACAAACAUUUCAGAUUUUGAAAUAAAAUAUUUAGAUAACGAAAUAAACAGUUACCUAUAUAACAUUCCUACCAUAGUAGAAAAUUCACAACAAAAUACGAUUCUUGAAAAUUUAUUUUACAAUAACAAAACGCUGAAAAAAAAUGAAGUAGAGACUGGAAGUGAUCAAAGUAAUUAUAAGUCUUUUGGUGAUAGUAAUAGUAUAGAUAAGCAAUGUGACCAAUAUACUUGUGAAACAGAUAAAUUAUUAUUAACGCCAAAUCAAGAUAGUAAAGGCUUAUUUCAAAGUACGGAAAGCGUAAAUUUUAUUGACCAGGAUUAUUUAAUGGACAUAAGUUUAAAUACGAUAGUCAAAAAUACUUUAAACGAUACCCCUCAAUAUUUGAAUGAUGAUUUAAAUGUUAAAGACUUUUCUCAUAUUAACACAACUGAAAGAAAUGAAUUAAUGACAAAUAAUGAUUAUUUUUUUACACAAACCGACACGUUUUCUGAUGCAAGCUUGCUUAAUCCAAUGGAAAGCAUACCAGCUGUGCAAGAAAAUGAAGCUUUGACUGAACAACUAAUAUUCGAUUGUACUGAUAAACAUAUAAAUUUUAAUAAUCAAAGCAUUGACGACAUAGUUAUUGAAACUGACCUGUUUAAAGAUAUUGACAUUGACAGAUAUGUUAAUUGGGAGCCUGAUGAAUUUGAUGAUAAAAAAAGCUUUUUUGAAGAGUUUGAUUUUGAAUAUAAUUAUGAUAAUUAUGUAGUUGAUUCUUGUUUUAUAGAGCAUGAUACUGAUAAAUAUGCAAAUUUUUACGAAAAAGAAUGCAAAGAACAUAGUGCUAUUAAUUCUAAAAAAUCUUUAUAUACAGAUGAUUUGACUGCAAAUAAUACAAAAAUACGAAAGCUAAAGGAUGAUUGUAUUGUUUUAGAUUAUAAAACCACAAAAAGCCUUUUAUCUGAUGAUUCAAAUAUUGAGAUUUUUAAUAUUUUAGUUGAAAAUAGAAAAGAGUUACGAGCACUCAGAGAUAAAUUUUUUGUUUGUGUAAGAAAAAAAUCAUACGGUGACCCUAUUUUUAAUAACUUGAGUAAAGAUAUUAAAUAUCAUAACAUUCGCCAACAAACAGGAGUAUAUUCUUUAUGGUUUAAGUCUUUUGCAAAUGAAACUUUUAAACUCCUUGUGGAUGAUAUUGAAACUCUUUCUCUGCCAGCAAAUACUAAAAAUUUAUUUUUUGGGUGGGUUGAAUUUUUAAGUGAAGUUGCUAAGUUUAUUGCCAACUUUAAAAACCAUUUCCAUCUAAAACAAUACAACAGGCGUGAUGUGUUUAGUAAUUUAACAUUAACUGAAAGUAUUAGUAACGAAAUGAUUUUAAGAUUUAAAUUGGAAAAGAUUUAUUUUUUUUUUGAGAAAAUCAUUCAAAAACACAAAAAUGAUAAAUUUUAUGAUUCGAAAUCUAUAAGAAUUUUAUUGCAAAUUUUAUACAAUUUUCAAAGGUUUGAAACAAACUUAAAACAAUAUGGUAAAAAGAUUACAGUUUUGAAAGAUUUUCAUAAAAUAAAUUUUAAUAACUAA